AUGUCCAUAGCCAAGGAAACGAACAGCACAUCAGUGACCGUUUUCUUUCUCCUGGGAUUCUCAGACCAUCCAGAAGUACAAGUCAUCCUCUUUGUGACAUUCUUAGGAAUUUAUCUGGUGACUUUAGCCUGGAACCUGAGCCUUAUAAUCCUGAUUCAAAUCGACUCUGGUCUCCAUACACCCAUGUACUUCUUUCUCAGCAAUCUGUCCUUCAUAGAUAUCUCCUACUCUUCUACCAUUGCCCCCAAGAUGCUUUCAGAUUUCUGCAAGGAACAGAAGACCAUCUCCUUUGUAGGCUGUGCCACCCAGUUUUUUUUCUUUGUUGGCACAGGCUUGACUGAGUGCUGCCUCCUGACUGCCAUGGCAUGUGACCGCUAUGCUGCCAUCUCUAACCCACUACUCUACACAGCCAUCAUGUCCCAGGACCUCUGCACCAAGAUGGUAGCUGGAGCUUAUGUGGGAGGUUUCCUGAGCUCCCUAAUCCAAACAAGCUCCAUAUUUCAACUAGACUUCUGUGGCCCUAACCUUAUCAAUCACUUCUUUUGUGACCUCCCCCCAGUCCUAGCUCUCUCCUGUUCAGAUACCUUUCUCAGUCAGAUGAUUAAUUUCCUUGUGGUGACUGCUGUUGGGGGGACAUCUUUCCUCAUCCUCCUCAUCUCCUAUGGGUACAUUGUUGCUGCUGUGCUGAAGAUCAACUCUAGUGAAGGCAGAUACAAAGCUUUCAACACAUGUGCCUCCCACCUAACUGUAGUGACCCUUCUCUAUGGAACUGCCCUCUUCAUGUUUCGCCCCAGCUCCAGCUACUCACUAAGCCGUGACAAGGUUGUAUCUGUGUUCUAUUCAGUGGUGAUUCCCAUGCUGAAUCCCCUCAUCUACAGCCUGAGAAACAGUGAAAUCAAAGCUGCCCUGAAAAAGGUGCUAGAGAAAAGGUUUUCAUAG